UCCAGAAUAAACCAAUACAGAGAGGCUGUUGCUGCUGUAGGACUGGGACCGUCCCAGUUCUCCCAGUAUAAGGAAAGGGAGUGGAGAUCCCAUCUCAGCCCAGAGGCUUCCCUAGAUCCUCCCCCUGCGGAUGGAGGCGCCCCCGGCGAGGCGGCUGCCGUGGGCUGUCGUGGGCUGCCGGCGAUGUGUCCGGGAGUUCUGGAACUACGAGACCCCCAAAGUGAUCGUGGUGAAGAACCGCAACCUCGGCAUCAUGUACAGGGGGGUGCAGCUGCUGAUCCUGCUCUACUUCAUCUGGUACGUGUUCAUCAUCCAGAAGGGUUACCAGGAGAGCGAGACGGGCCCUGAGAGCUCCGUGGUCACCAAGGUCAAGGGCGUCACCCGCUCGCACAACAAGGUCUGGGACGUGGAGGAGUACGUCAAACCUGCCGAGGGCGGCAGCGUGUUCAGCAUCAUCACCCGGGUGGAAGUCACCCACUCCCAGACUCUGGAGACCUGCCCGGAGAGCCUGGAGGUCCCUGACGCUGCCUGCAGCUCUGACAGCGACUGUGUGGCUGGGGAGAUGGACAUGCUGGGGAACGGAGAGAGGACGGGGCGCUGCGUCCCCUAUUACAAUGGGCCGGGGAAGACCUGUGAGGUCUCCGCCUGGUGUCCAGUGGAAGACGGACACACGGUCAGUGAGUCCCUGGGGAAGAUGGCUGCGCAGUUCACCGUCCUGAUCAAGAACAACAUCCACUUCCCCCGCUUCAGAUUCUCCAAAGGGAACGUGAAGGACGCUAAGAACGGCUACCUCAAAGACUGCACCUUCAACGAGACCACUGACCUGUACUGCCCCAUCUUCCGCCUGGGCUCCAUUGUGGAGCAGGCAGGAGAGAACUUCACCGCGCUGGCCGAACAGGGUGGCGUUAUCGGGGUGAUCAUAAACUGGAACUGUAACCUGGACCUGCCCGACUCCGCGUGCAACCCCAGCUAUUCCUUCCACAGGCUGGACCCCAAGAGGAUUCCGGUGUCUUCUGGCUACAAUUACAGGUUUGCCAAAUAUUACAACUGCAAUGGGACGAACAUGCGGAGCCUGAUCAAGGCCUAUGGGAUCCGCAUUGACGUUAUUGUGCAUGGCCAGGCAGGGAAGUUCAGCCUGAUCCCCACCAUCAUUAACCUGGCCACGGCACUGACCUCAGUGGGAGUGGGCUCAUUCCUCUGCGACUGGAUCUUACUGACCUUCCUGAACAAGAAUGAGAUGUACAGUGCCCGGAAAUUCGAUCAGGACAUGACCCCGGCGCCAGGCUGCAGUGGUAACGCCUGCACCACCCAGGCCUCCUCGCCAGCCAACCCCAAGGGCCCUGGCCAGCUCUGAGCUGCCACUGCCCCCCACCUGCUGCUGCAGCUGGACUGGAGAGCGGGGAGCCCCUGGCGGGGACACGCAGGGCCAAUGGGCAGACUGAGUUGGGCUGCCCCCAAGUACUGACUGGAGGGGUGAGGACCAGGAGACUCCCCAGCCCAGUCCGAAUUUCACCCCACGGGCAGCAGAGUUCCUGGAGAGCCUGACCUUCCCUGCAACUCUCUGCAGGGCUGGGGGUGAGUGAGCCCUGGCCCAGAGAGGAACCCAGCGCUAGGCUGAAAUCCCCUGGAGGCUGGAGUGCCAGGUGACCCACCAUGGGGGCAGCGUGGGACAGGUACCAGCCCCGUUCUACGCCCCCUGCUCUGCCAGCACCAGCCCCUCCUGCAGUGAAUGUGCCCAGUGGGCUGUGAUGGGGCGACAGGUUGGCCCCAGGAGCCCAGCCGCAGAGAGCCUGGUCCGCAGGCCACAGCCGCCUCCCCUGGCCCAGCUGGCUCUUUAACUCGCACUGACCCGGGAGUCACUGGGGUCGCUGGGUGCCACGUGCUGAGGGGGAACAGAACCAGCAGGAAGCACAUGGGCACUGUCCUUUCCCGGGACAUCACCUCUUCCCUGCUACUCUCCCCCUAAGGGAGCCCCCUGCCCCACCCCAGGCUCCCCUUCCUCCGCAGCUGCUGGAGUCUGCUCACCCCAUAGAAUUGAGGCUGUAAAACCUGGUAGCACUCUCCUAUGGGCCACCCACAAACCCAGCCAUGCCCACUCAUGACGUCAGACAAGCCACCACUCACAGGGCAGUGCCUCAUAGGGUGAUCACCAUUCAUCCUUCUGGCUGGCUUUGAGCAACAGCAACUUAGUGAACGGUACUGACAUUUGACUAGUCUUCAUUAGGUUUCAGAGGUAAAACGCUAUUGAGAUGACCAGAGCAAUUCACCCCUCUCAGAGCUGCUGUUUCAGGCUCUCUGCAGACUCCGGCAGAGCUCACAGCAUCAGUGACACUUGGGUCAUAUUUUGAAGGGUUUUGUCACAAUCAUAAGGGCUAGAGAUUUAAUUUUAGUGCUCAGGAAUGCUGGGGGGGCCCUCAGGUUUUGGGGAGCCCAGCUUGAGACACCUCAUUUUCCAGGAAGUGCUGGGCCCCCAUCCUGUGAAAAACGGCUCAGGCUGAGCCCCUGAAAACGGAGAUGCCCCCAAAUCACUAGUCACUGCUGAAAAGCUGGGCUUGAGAGCAUAGCCUGGGUCACACAAACACAGGAACCAGCCCAGCCCCCUCCCCGACACACUCAGAGCUCACCUUAGGCCCUGAGAUGUCCCAUGGGCCCUGCGUGGCUGGGGGCAGGGGCCCAUGUGGUAAUCAGGAGGGCUGUGAGGUGAGAGCCCGUCCCCUUUGUACAUCCUGACUGUGCAGCACGGCUAUGCCAUAGGGUGGGCUGGCGCCUUGGCAUGGCUGGAGAAGUGAGACCUGCCCAGGCAGGGCAGAAUGGCUGGCUCGGCCCCCAGGGAAGCACUGCACCGAUGCGUUGAGUUCACAGCCAGGCAAGGGCUGGUGGCACCAAGGCCUUGCUGGCCAAGCCGGUGGUGUCUGGUAACGCUGGCACAAGGGGCUGUCCCACCAUGCCUGCUUGCCCUCUCCCCCAUCGCCCUGUCACUUUACCAAACAGCUAGGAAAUGAACUCGGGCACACGGUGUUACUGGUCCAGCCAGGCGAACCAGGGCCAUCGCCAGCGGGCCCUGAAGGCGCAGAGGCUCCCAGGAGGCUGAUGGGCACAAUGCCUCGAGGUACAGAUGGGCUAACUCCGAAGCUGCUUGGCAUGCUGUGAGCUGGGUGACGAGCUGCCCACACGAGGCAGGCUGCACGGCUUGCUGGGUUCCCGGCGCUGUGGGCCUCUGGCUGGCUGCUUUCCUGGGGACAGCUGUGUUGUCACGUUACCCUGCCACUGGCCCUCUUGUGUCAUUGUAACUGGGAAAAAGGACUGCCCUCUCCCCGCUCCAGACCUACCUCCGGCCCCCCAUGGUCCUGCACGCAGGUGCCUACUGUUGAUUCAAGCGGCCUUUGCUGGCUGUUCACCUCCUGGCCAUCCAUGUAGGGGAAACCCUCUGAACCAUGUGCCGAUGAAAUGCCCAAUGCAGUGGGAGUGACUUGGAGCCAUGAGCCUGGCAUCUCCUGGCGUUUGCACUGGCUGGAAUGGUGCCCAGCUGCCGCGAGAAGGGUCCAGCCGCGUGGCUCAGGAAACGGCACUAGGCUGCAGUGGGGUGGGAACGCUGGCUGUGGGGCGUGCCUAGUGACUCCUACUCCAGGUCCUGCCGGUCUCUGCAUGGGGGCUGGAUGGCUGGGGCAGGAGAAGGGGCUGGGGAGUGUUCACAGCUCCCUUGCCUGGCCACCCCUCUCCCAGCAGGGGGCUGUAAGGAGCAGGGCAGGAGGGCUGACAGAGCAGGGGGCAGUCCCGGCUCUCCAACCUCUCCCAGCAGGGGGCACUGUGGGGAAGGCUGCGAUAGCUGCGUCUAUUAGCAACGCUGCCGCAUGCCAUGACAGGCUCAUGGGCGAGCACGUAGCUGCCAGAAUCCGGAGGUCCUCCAGAGAGAGGUGCUAGGCAUGACAGUGCAGGCCCCACAUGGUCCGUACCCCGAGAGAGGGGGGAGGGCAUAGGCCACAUGACCAGA